AUGGCUGCCAAAUCGGAAGCAUCUACGGAGGUAAAAGCAUCAGCGAAGCCAAGCAUCUGGCGCCGCGCCACCUCGUUCGGCCGUCUGUUGUUCUAUGCUGUCCCGUCGUCGACGGAUUUAAUUAUCCUGCUCGUUGGCUUCCUUGCUGCUGUUGCAUCUGGAGUCCCGUUCCCUAUCAUGUCAAUUGUCUUUGGACAGCUAGUCAACGGAUUGAACUCUGCUAUCUGCGAGCUCGACCCCUCCACUGCCGCAUCCUACCAGGAUGGAAUCAACUCCAAGAUACUUCUGAUUGUUUAUGUCGGGAUCGCCUACUUUGCACUCAUUUAUAUCCACACUUUUUGUUGGAACGUUUUUAGUGAGAGAUUGGCUCAGCGCAUACGCGAAGCAUAUUUCAGCGCCAUUUUACGGCAAGACGCGGCAUUCUUUGACAACUUGCCCGCUGGUGAGAUGUCUGCACGCAUCACAGACGAGGUAUCUGUCGUGCAGCAGGGUACGAACGAGAAGGUCGGCAUUGUGAUCAGCAGUGUGUCUUUCUUCGUCACCGCAUAUGUCGUAGCCUUUAUUAAGAAUCCGAAGCUUGCUGGCAUGCUCGUAUCUCUCACCCCCGCGUACCUCAUCAUGGCGCUAGGUGGUGGAUACUUUGUGCAAAAGUAUGUUGGACACUCAAUGAACACCAUGGCCAAGGCAUCAUCAGCCGCUUUAGAGGCAAUCUCAAAUAUAAUGGUUGUGCACGCCUUCUCCGCUAAUGCACGCUUGGAAGAGAAAUUUGUUGAAGUCCUGACGCCAGCUCAGUGGGCCGGUGUAUGGAAAUCCGUGACUAUGGCAUUGCAGGCUGGUCUUUUGUAUUUCAUUGCUUUCUCGGCGAAUGCACUUGCUUUCUGGCAAGGAUCCCGACAGAUUGCCAGCGCUGUAGAGUUGAAUACACUGAAUAACGGUGGCAUUACCGUUGGAGACACUCUCACUGUCAUUCUGAUUCUCAUAGACGCGUCCUUGGUUCUCAGCCAAGCUGCACCAUACUUGAGAAGCUUUGAUGCCGCAUCCGUAGCUUUUGCUACGUUGGAGGCUGAUAUAAACCGGCCUGCGAUUAUUGAAGGCACUGCCAAAGAUACUGGUCGUAUACUUGCAGAUGUUUCAGGAAAGGUAGAGCUGCGCAAUGUUCAUUUCGCCUUCCCAUGUCGUCCUGAUAAGUCCGUGCUGCAAAAUCUGUCUUUUUUGUGCCCAGCUGGUCAGCAGACUGCCAUCGUUGGUCUUUCCGGCAGUGGUAAAUUCACAGUCGCCGGACUGAUCACCCGAUUCUACGAUGCAGACGAGGGCACUGUGCUUUUGGAUGGCCACGACCUCAAAGAGCUGAGCGCUAGGCAUGAGCACCUGCGGUCGGCACUAAUGAGCGAUGUCCUUGCCAAAGUUGCGGCUGCAGUCCGAGAUGGCCAAGUCUUGGCGGCAGCCUCCCAAGAGCAUGGUGACCAUGUCCGGGAAAUCGUCGAACUGACGCUUAACGCUGCUGUACUGGCUGAUGCAAUCGAGUUCAUUGAACGCUUACCGGAAGGGUUCGGGACCUCAGUCGGUGCCCAGGGUCAUCUUAUUAGCGGCGGACAGAAGCAGCGUAUCUCGCUGGCUCGUGCGUUGGUCAAGGAUCCACGUAUCCUCAUCCUUGAUGAGGCUACUUCCUCCCUCGAUUCGGCCUCGGAAUUGCGGAUUCGGCAGGCUUUAGACAAACUGGCAGCCGGACGAACUGUGAUCACAAUUGCUCACCGGCUGUCGGCUAUCAAGAAUGCAGACAGUAUCAUUGUUAUGCGCCAGGGCAAGCUGCUAGAGCAAGGAACACACCAGGAACUUAUUAAUGCCAAUGGCGCGUACGCUGAGCUCAUUCGUCUUCAGAACCUCAACAUGAACGGGGGCCUUGAGGGUAACGAUAUAACCUCUGCGGUUUCGAAGUGUUCUACAGAAGAGAUCUACGACAAUUCCGUGGCCCUUGAGGCAUCGACCUUCGCUGGUGUACCUCAUGCCGGGAACCGGAGCCCAGCAGACCAAGGAGUCGGGGGAGAACGCACGUUCUCGUCAAAUGCUCGGUCGGUGGGUGCCCUGUUCCGGCCGUACUCGUUCGUGCUGGUCAUCGCAACUGUUGGAGCGGUCGUUAUUGGUGGCACAUAUUGUGGGUCUGCUGUGAUCUUUGGUAAUGUUGUCAGCAAGCUCAGUUACUGUGCAGAACCUAGCUCUAUCCGUCAUGCGGGUCAGUUAUUUGGGCUUCUAUUUUUCCUUCUCGCUGUCAUUGAAUUCAUAGCCAAUUUUCUCAGCUGGUCUCUCUUUGGCUGGGUGGCUGAGCAGUUGUCUAUAAGCACCGCCCUUGGUGGCCUGACCGGCUCCGUGGUUUGCACGAUCCUGUCAAUGUUUGUCAGUCUUAUCGCUACUAUCACCAUGACACAUAUUAUUGCCUGGAAGAUUGCGAUAGUAUGUCUCUCAGUUGUACCGCUGCUCCUGGGUGCUGGUUACAUGCGUGUCACCACAUUAGCCAGGUUUGAGGAGGAACAUCUAGAAGCUUUCGCAAACUCCAACACCAUCACCAUUGAGGCCGUCAACUCCAUCAAGACGGUCUUGUCGCUUUCACUGGAGCACGAGAUUCUUGCCACAUACAAGCGCUCACUUAAGGGUCCCAUGCGCCAAAUCACGAAGCACAGUGCCUGGGCCAAUCUGUGGUUGGCUGUCGGUUAUGGUCUGAGUAACUUCCUCUAUGCGCUGGCCUACUGGUGGGGAUCAACGCGUAUUAUCGCAGGCGAGUACACUCAAACCCAGUUCUUCAUCGUGCAACUCGCCCUCCUCGUCAGUUCACAGCUAUGGGGGCAGGCAUUCGCCCUCGUGCCAGAUGUCUCGCGCGCACUCCAGGCUACACGACGACUACUGAACCUGCUGGACAUGGGAUCGACGAAGAGGCUUUCUGCGCCUCUCGCUCCGGUGUGGGACGUCGAAGCCACGGUAGCUAGUGAGAAGGCACGGUCAUCGGCCGGGGGCGUUACGUCGUCUUCAAGAAGGUCUUCUUCACAUAUCCCGCACGGCCAGAUACCCGGGUUUUGCACGGACUGGAUCUCGCUUGUCGGGCCAAGUGGUGCUGGCAAGUCAACGAUCAUCUCGCUCGUUGAGCGCCUGUACACCCCCGAGUCGGGAACAGUUGAGGUAGACGGGCAUAACAUCGCGUACGGAGAUACCUCUUUCCGUCAUGCUAUUGCCUACGUCCCGCAGCAGAGUGUCAUGUUCGACGGUACCAUCCGAUUCAACCUGACCCUCGGUGCGAGACCCGGCCAAACUGUCUCCCAGAUGGAACUCGAGGAAGCAUGCAAAUCGGCCAACAUCCACGACACGAUCAUGCAGUUACCUGAUGGAUAUGACACAGCCUGUGGGCCAAAUGGCGGCCGGCUUUCGGGAGGGCAGAAGCAGCGGUUAGCCAUUGCGCGGGCGCUUGUUCGUAAGCCUCAGCUCCUGAUUCUGGAUGAGUCGACAAGUGCUCUGGAUGCGGAAUCCGAGCGCUUGCUUCAGGAUGGUCUUGAGAAGGCUGCGAAACAUAUGACCAUCAUUGCCAUUGCGCAUCGGUUAUACACUAUCCGCAAGGCGGAUGUGAUCUUUCUAAUUGAGAAUGGGCGGUGCGUUGAUCAAGGCACACACGCGCAGCUGAUGGAGCGUAGUGAGAGUUACCGUAUCAACGCCCUGAACCAAGCAGUUGGCUCGUGA